CGACCGAAACGGGACCGAACCGUCUUUAACAAAUUUCAACUGCAACAAUUGGAGAGGGCCUUCAAAAAUGGGCCUUACCUGGAAAAAGUUGGAAGAGAGGAAUUGGCGGGAAAGUUGGGGUUGACUGAGACACAGGUUAAAGUCUGGUUUCAGAACAGACGAACAAAAAAUAAACGA